CUGUAAUUGUCAUUCGAGUUGUACGGUUGAUUCUCGUGUGAAUUGCAAUAAAACACCGGUGCAUUUUACUGUCUUUUUUUGCUUAAAUCUCAACACAAAAGAAAAAAAAAAAUCGAACAAAAGAAUUUUUUUCGCCAUUGUGGAUGCAGCAUUUUUCUGUUCGGGGGUGAAUUGUCCGGAAUGUCAUUGUAUAUUUCUUGUCUUGUCGAAUUAAUGUUUUUGCGAUAGAGCGUGUUGGCCAAAAGAAGUGUUGACGGUAAAGUUCAGUGUUGUCACACUGACACUUGAAAGAAAAUAGCGUCGGUGGUUUGUUUUUUUUUUGGUCUUGGUUGUCUGUUGUUUUUUUGUUUUUCUCUGGUGCCAUUAAAGUUUCUUGUUUCACGAAAAAUAAAAAAAAAAAAAAAAAAAUGGCUUAAGUGUGGUUAAGGGAAAAAGAUGGUCCUUUUCCGUGUCGAAAUGGAUUAUUGCAUUUUUAUGAAAUUUCACGCAAAUUGUAUUAAAUUUUAUAUUUUUUGAGUGGAAUUGAAAAUGUUGGUUAAAAAAUUUAAAGUGAUUUUUUGAUGAGGUAUUAAAAAUUGAUUGAGUUAACAUACUCGAAUAAUAUUUUUCUGUCGAAGAAGCAAUUGAAGUGUGCACUGAAUAUAAAAAAAUUGUUUGUGUGAGGUUAUUUUUUUCUGAUUUUUAAAAAGUUCAGUGAGCUGGAUGUGUUGAAAAAAGGAAAAUAAAAAUAAAUACAAAAUAUUUUUCAGUUUAUGGAUGUUUGGGAUAUUUUCGUUGUUCUUUUUUCACAUAACGGAUUAAGACAAGUGGAUUAUUUAUUUGAUGAAAAUUCAUCAUCUGUAUAAACAAAAACCUUAAAUCUUAACCCAACAAAAGGCUGAAGAAAAAAAGGGAAAAGUAAACAUCCAGCAACUUGGUUAAAAUAAGGACUAAAAUCUUCUUGCGAACAAAAAAAAAAAAAACAAAAAACCAAAUAUCCUACUCAAUCCGUCGAAAAAGCUUACAGCUAAUUAACUCACACCCUUUUUUCUGAAGGGUAAGUAAAAUAAAAAAAAAAAAAAUACAACCAACAAGUCAAGACAAAAUGAAAAACAAACAAAAAUCUGAGUCAAAAAAUCAUACAAAAAAUAUCUUCAGUCAUCGAACAAAACUACAGGAAUGGAUAUAACUUAACCAAAUGAAGUGAACUUAACUACUACUGACAGUAAAAAAAAGGAACUUAAUAAAUAUAAAUAUAACCAAACUACGACGACAUGAAUAGAAGUUUUGAAAGUUUUCGUCGUAAAGAGAAAAUCUCAUAGCCCACAAAAACACAAAAAAAAGUUUAUAUUCAUACAUAUAUUCCAGUCAGAGUAAUUUGUAGCAGAUUGUUAAUAAAAUGUCUCCGGAGUCCUUGAAUGUCUUCCAAUUCUUAGAAAUUCAAUCAAAAGGACACUACCAACGACGGCGAUGAUAAUAAUGCCAUCAGCCAACGACGUCCUCCAGCAACAACACCAACAACAACAAAAUACAAUCAUGACAACGAACGAUAGAGUCCUGCAGAUGGCAGUUAGUGCUGCUGCCUUAACAAUACCCAAGUCCUCAACAUAUGACCCAUCAUCAUCAUCAUCAACAAUAGGUGAUGGAGGUGUAAGAGGAGCGAGUACAGGUGUGGUUGGAGAAGCAUCAAGUCCAGCAUUUUUGAGAAAUCUGAUGGCCCAUCACCUUACAACACGUUCCCUUAAUUCCAAUUUUGAGAGCUCAUCUACGAGUCCUGUGAAUAAUUUGACUUCAAUUCUAACGAGAGCAGCAACGACAUUGUUAGCAGCAGCAGCAACACCUGCACCAAUAUUGAGAAAUUCAACCACCAUAACCACUUCCAGUGUUGCUGAUGAUGAGAGAUCCUUUACGCAAUUGUAUCCUGGGAGUUCGUCUUUUAUAACGAAUCAAAGUUACAAUUUGAGUGGUGUGUAUAUAGAUGAGGAGCCAACUGGAGAGUAUGUCUUCGAUAGGACAGACGUACGAGUGAUAUUUAUAACUUUGUAUACGAUGGUCUUUUGUUGCUGUUUUUUUGGAAAUCUCCUUGUUAUCCUUGUAGUCACAUUAUCACGACGUUUAAGAUCGAUAACGAAUUUUUUUCUAGCGAAUUUAGCUUUAGCCGACUUUUGUGUUGGACUUUUCUGUGUUAUGCAAAAUUUAUCAAUAUACCUUAUUGAUAGUUGGGUAUUUGGUGAAUUUCUCUGCAGGAUGUAUCAAUUUGUCCAUUCACUCAGUUAUACAGCAUCAAUAUUUAUUCUGGUUGUUAUUUGCAUGGAGAGAUAUUUUGCUAUUGUUCAUCCGAUUACAUGUAAACAGAUAUUGACUGCUGCUAGACUUAGGAUGGUCAUAUUCACGGUCUGGAUAACAUCAGCCGUUUAUUCAACACCAAAAUUUGUAUUCAGCAAAACUAUACGUAAUGUGCACACAAGCGAUGGCGUCGAAGAGGAUAUUUGUGUCCUGGAUAGGAAAAUGUUUAAUUCCAAAUUGUUGGAUAUGAUAAAUUUUGGUUUAUUAUAUGUAACGCCAUUGUUGGUGAUGACGGUACUCUAUAGCAAAAUUGCAAUCGCUCUUUGGCGUAGCUCCCGGGGCUUAACCCAUCAUUUUGCACAACAGGACAAUACCAAUACCAGCAUGUGCCCAUCAUCGAACAACUCAACGACUUUGUUAGCCCGCAAGCAGAGCAGUAAAUAUGAUAAAAGGGGUGUCAACAUAAAGGAUACUCAGAAUGACCAUUUUAAGGUAUCAAUGGAAUCAGAUCGUCCAAUUGUAUCUACCUGCCGGAAUAAGGCUAGCUUCCAUCAUCACCAACGUCAAAAUGCCCAACGUGUAUCACACAUGUCACAUUCAUCAAAUAACGUGUUGCGUGCCAGACGUGGUGUUGUGCGAAUGCUUAUCAUAUUCGUUUUAACAUUUGCGUUGUGCAAUUUACCAUAUCACGCACGCAAAAUGUGGCAAUAUUGGUCACGUUCCUAUCGAGGCGAUUCAAAUUUCAACGCCUUACUAACACCGCUAACAUUUCUCAUCACGUACUUUAAUUCGGGAGUGAAUCCCCUGCUUUAUGCAUUCCUAAGUCGAAAUUUCCGAAAAGGCAUGAAAGAGCUGCUGAUGUGUUCGCUGAAAAAAGGCAAAGGCAAAUCAUCGUCAACAUCUGUGCAUCAUAAGAGAGCCGCUCUGCAGGUGAGUACCCAAUCCUUGCCAACAGACUCAACGCACAUUGGAAACGACCAACUAUGAUGGCGAUUGCAUCAAAAGAAAUCUCAUUUAAUUGGAAGAUAAAUAUAAAAGAAAAAAAAAAAAAAUAAUAAACACAAACAAAACUAAACUAAACUAAAGGAAUAAAA